UGUUCAAGGAUAGAAACAAGAAGCUGAAAGAGGCUGCAGUGGUUGGUUUAUCUUCAGUCUAUUGCCAUUAUGAUCCGGAAACCAUGUUAAGCUUUAUAGUUACCUUGUCAAUGGAAGAACAGAAGCAACUUACGCGGGCAAUAAAGCAGUUAAUCCCCAUGAUAGGGAGCGACCUGGAAGAGUUCUUGCAGUAAAGGAGACAUAAACAGAAAGUGCCAUCUUUUGAUCGCUUUGCUGCUACAGAUCCUCAUCCCAGAAGUUAUGUCGUCGGAAGGCAACAUAAAUCCCAGCAGCAUGACACAUAUCAGUCUAGUGAUGUCAAAGGUGAUCAAGUAUUUAGCUCCGCAUUUCAGUAUCUCCCAAACACACUCACUUGGAAGUCUAUGGGCCUCGUACCAUGAAGGUUCAAUCUGAAUUGGGUGGUGAAUCUUAUGGUCACAGAGAUGAAAUGAUGGGUAAAAAGUUUAGUCACGCAAGGCGAAGAAAGGAUAUGAUGAUGAAUGGUAGUCAGAGCCAUGAGCCAAGCAUGUCCCAGAUGCAUCAUCAGGAAAUGAGGAGUGUUUCUGCGACAAAUGGCCAUUCAGCGCCAAUCAAGAAUUUACAUCAGAUGUCCUCUCUCCUUGAGAUGCUUGAUGACCCAACUGAAUCCACUAGAGAGCUUGCACUUUGUCUAUUGGUUGGAAUUCUCGAAAAACAACUUGUGAUGCGACUGUCACACGACGACCUCAUGACUCGUCUGUCAACGUUCCUACCCGCGGUGUUGGACGCCUUUGAAACCGACAGUCCAUAUGUUCGCAAGGUUCAUUCAUUCCCACUUAGGGCAUCUCCAGCCGUUGGUAAACGGCAGCAGCAGAGCAUGUGA